AUGCCCGUCAUGGCUGUGUAUCUGAGCCUCCUCGUGUUGGCUCUCGGUGUGUCUGGACAGGAACUCCCAUCAGGCCCUCACGGCUGCACGGAGGGAAGCUGUUACCCAGCAACAGGAAACCUUCUGAUUGGACGAGCCGUCAACCUGUCCGCCACUUCCACCUGCGGCCUGAACGGGCCAGAGCACUAUUGCAUUGUCAGCCACCUGCAGGAGUCAGACAAAUGUUUCCAGUGUAACUCUCAGCAUCCGUACGACCCGCUCCGUCACAGAAACAGCCACCGCGUCGAAAACGUGAUCUCCCUCAUGGACGACGAGAAAAACAUCACCUGGUGGCAGUCCGUCAAUGGACAGGAGAGCGUCAGCAUCCGACUGAACCUGGAGGCUGAAUUCCACUUCACACACCUCAUCAUGAAGUUUAAGACGUUCAGACCUGCAGCCAUGCUGAUCGAGCGCUCGGCCGACUUUGGCCGCACGUGGCGCCCGUACCGCUACUUCGCCUACAACUGCACCAAGACGUUUCCCAGCAUCCCCGCCAACGGCCUGCACCACAUCAACGACGUCAUCUGCGAGGAGCGCUACUCCGACAUCGAGCCCUCCACCGAGGGAGAGGUGAUUUAUAAAGUUUUGGAUCCUGCCAUUCAUGUGAAAGACCCAUACAGCUUGGAUAUUCAAGAGCUGCUGCGCAUCACCAACCUGCGUAUCAAUUUCACCAAGCUUCACACUCUGGGAGACGACCUGCUGGACCGCCGCUCCGACGUCCUGCAGAAGUAUUACUACGCCAUUCAUGAGCUGGUGGUCAGAGGGAGCUGCUUCUGCUACGGCCACGCCUCAGAGUGCGCCCCCGUGCCGGGCGUCCACAACCGGGAGAGCGGCAUGAUCCACGGUCGCUGCGUGUGCAAACACAACACUGAGGGUCUGAACUGUGAACGCUGCCGAGAUUUCCACAACGACCUGCCAUGGAGACCGGCUGAGGCAAACAACCCACACACCUGUAGAGAGUGUAACUGUAACGGCCACUCCAGCCAGUGCCACUUCGACAUGGCCGUGUAUUUGGCCACGGGCAACGUCAGCGGCGGAGUGUGUGACGACUGUCUGCACAACACCAUGGGACGCAAGUGUGAGAUGUGCAAACCCUUCUACUUCCAGGAUCUCAGCAGAGGCAUCAGAGACCCCCGGGUCUGUGCCGCCUGUGACUGUGACCCGGUGGGCUCGUUGGAGGGGGGAGUGUGUGACAGCCACACUGACCCGGACAUGGGGAUGAUCGCCGGACAGUGUCGCUGUAAAGUCAACGUCAAGGGCACUCGCUGCGACUACUGCAAAGAGGGCUACUACGGGCUCAGCCAGAACGACCCGCUCGGCUGCCAGCCGUGUAACUGUGACCCUCGCGGCAUCAUCAUGAUGGGCGCUCCCUGCGACCAGAUUAGCGGGGACUGCUCCUGCAAAAGAUACGUCACGGGACGCUACUGCAACCAGUGUCUGCCUGAAUACUGGGGACUCAGUAAUGACCUGGCCGGCUGCAGACCAUGUGACUGCGACUUUGGUGGAGCCUACAACAACAGGUGCAUGGUGGAAAGUGGCCAGUGUGACUGCAGGAGGCAUCUGAUUGGUCGACAGUGUUCAGAGGUGCAGCCUGGGUAUUUCUGUGCUCCACUGGACUACUAUAAAUACGAGGCUGAAGACGCCACUGGGCGCUCCCCUGAUGACUCUGCACUGCCGGGCAAACCGCGGCCUCAGGCAGAGAUUGACUGUGUGCAGCACCUCAACAACCAGCUGAGGAGGCACCGCCGCCACCGCCGCAUCGCCACCUCUCAGCAACAGAGGGCAGCCCUGAGACGCAUCCGGCAGCUUCAGCAAACACCGGACGUGCGGCCCGUCCACAGAGAGCAGAGUCCCAGCCACAUGGUGACGUGGACCGGUCCCGGCUUCGCUCGAGUCAAAGACGGUGCGGGCCUCGUGUUUACCAUCGACAACAUCCCCUACGCCAUGGAAUACGACAUCAUGAUCCGCUACGAACCCGAGUCCACAGAAGACUGGGAGGCCAUAGUGAGCAUUACCUCUGUCCUGUUGCCCUCCAGUCCCCGCUGUGGAAACCUGCUGCCGACUGAACAGCUCUACACAGUGACCCUGCCGCACCACAAGAGAUACAUCCAGAUGCCCAGGCCCUUCUGUUUCGAGCCCAGCAAUCGUUAUGUGGUGGCGAUCAGGUUCCAGCGCCAUGGCGUCUCACACCGGCAUCUGACAGCCUUCAUCCUCAUCGACUCGCUGGUUCUCAUUCCCAAGUACACUGAGCUUCCUGGUUUCCAAGGCAACGAGCCAGAGGCAGAGCAUCGACGGGAGGAGAUGAUUCGCUACAUGUGUCUGGAUUCCUUCAUGAUCACGCCAAUGCCUGCCCUGGCUGAGAUGUGCUCCAAGCUCAUCUGCAGCAUCUCUGCCAUCAUUCAUGACGGGGCUUUGUCCUGUCAGUGUGACCCUCAGGGCUCCCUCAGCGCUGAGUGUGACAGGGUCGGAGGUCAGUGUCGCUGUAAACCCAACGUGAUUGGUCGACGCUGUGACCAGUGCGCCCCGGGAACCUACGGCUUCGGACCUCAGGGUUGUACUGCCUGUGACUGCCAUCCCGAGGGCUCACUGAGCCACCAGUGUGACCCAGUUACAGGCCAGUGCCAGUGCAGGCAGGGUGCUACGGGGCGCCAGUGCUCAGAGUGCCAGCCGGGCCAGUGGGGCUUCCCCAGCUGCAGCCCCUGCCAGUGCAACGGCCACGCAGAGAGCUGUGAUCCUCACACUGGAGAGUGCAGAGACUGCAGGGACUACACAGCAGGACACCUCUGUGAACGGUGUGUGAAUGGAUUCUUUGGGAACCCGGUGCUGGGCUCUGGGGAACACUGUCGGCCAUGUCCCUGUCCCGGCAACCCUGGAAGUGAUCACUUUAACGGGUACUCAUGCCACGCUGACCACUCCUCGAACCAAAUCAUCUGUAACUGCAGAGAAGGCUACGCUGGACCACGCUGUGACCAAUGUGCCCCUGGUUACUAUGGCAACCCGGAGCAAUCUGGCGGGCAGUGCCACCCAUGCGAGUGCCAUGGCAACAUUGACACCCAGGACCCAGGAUCAUGUGACCCCCGGACCGGCCAGUGCCUGAAGUGUCUGUACAACACCGACGGCCCCUCCUGCGCCCACUGUAAACAUGGUUACUAUGGCAACGCGUUGGCUCAGGACUGCAGACGUUGUACCUGUGUGACUGCUGGUACCAUCCAGUCUGCCUGUAGCGAUGGAGAGUGCCACUGCGACAGGCUGACGGGUGCCUGCCCCUGCAGGGAGAACGUAGUGGGACAUAACUGUGACCAGUGUGCCCCUAACCACUGGAACUACGGUCAGGACCGAGGCUGUGAGCCCUGUGGCUGCGACCUGCAGCACGCCAUGGGAACUCACUGCAACAUGUUCUCAGGCCAGUGUCACUGUCGUCCAGGCUUUGGAGGCAGACAGUGCUCUGAGUGUGAGCAGUUCCACUGGGGAGACCCAAGGGUGCAGUGUGAAGAGUGUAACUGCCACCCGCUGGGCUCAGAGACGGCCCAGUGUGACCGAGUGACGGGGGCGUGCGAGUGCAGGGAGGGAGCGGCAGGGCAGCGCUGUGACGAAUGCGCCCGAGGUUUUACCGGUGUCUUCCCCAAGUGCGUCCAGUGUCACCCGUGUUUCGAGCUGUGGGACGACGCGGUGUGCCAGAUCAAACGGGACCUGGAGCACAUCCAGAACACCGUGGAGAAGAUCCUGGAGAGCGGGGUCACGCCCGGGGUCGGGGACAACCGGAUCAAAGAGCUAGAGAGGAAGCUGAAGCAGGUCCAGGAUCUGAUCAGAGGCGGGGACAGUGAAAGGAUCUACCAGCUGAUUGGACAGAGCAUCGAUGACCUCAGAGCUGAGAUCGCCCUGACCGACGGGCGUCUGAUGGGCGUGGCCCGGGAGCUGGAUGUAGCAGCGACGCAGGACAGGGAGCUGAGACGGACGUUGAGCGACCUGGAGGGAGAUCUGCAGGCCGUCAACUUCACCGUGGCUCAAAAACGCCGCCAGCUGGAGAACUACCUCAGCUCAGGAUUUGCAGAUCAGUUUGAGAAUGUGAAGAAGUACUACCGGGAGUCGAUCGAGGCGGAGGAGAAAUGUAACGCCUCGGUGUUUGGUCCCUCCAGCCCUGUGGAGCAGUCCAGACAAACUCGCACUCAAACUGAAGACCUGCUGAACGCCAGGAGAGACAAGUUCCUGCGCACGGUCGCUGCUCAGAAGAAAUCUCUGGAAGAGCUGCAGCAUAAAGCCCAUGACCUGGAUAAGAAGGUCCAUCACCUCAGUCACAAGGUCUGUGGUGGCCAUAGCAACGCCAGCGCGAACGGCAGCUGUCCAGACAGUCCUUGUGGUGGUGCGGGUUGCCUUGACGAUGAGGGCAACCGCGUGUGUGGUGGGGAAGGCUGUAACGGGACAGUGAGCGCUUCUUUAGCGGCGCUGAAUCGAGCCAGGGACGUCACUGACAAUCUGACCGCUGCCAGUGAGGACCUGCAGCGCAUGGCGAGGAAGCUCCAGGAUAUAGCCUCCCUGACGCAGGAUGUGAAGAACCAGGCUAUGAACACUCUGGAGAAAGCCCAGAGGAAGAAGGACGAGUUUGAAAACUCCAACAAGAAGCUCAAAGAUUUCAUUAAGAAGAUCAAAGACUUCCUCACAGAGGAGGGUGCAGAUCCAGAGAGCAUUGAGAAGGUGGCUCAGCACGUCUUGUCCAUCACUCUACCGGUCAACAGGACCAGCAUGGACAAACUGGUCAAGCAGAUCAAGGAAAGCCUUUCCAACCUCACCGACGUUGAAGGGAUCUUCAACCAAACCUCACAGCAGCUCAGCAAGGCCAGGGACUUGCUUGACAGGGCUAAAGAUGCCAAGAGGCGAGCAGAGGGAGUGAAGGAGACAGCUAAUAGUACCAAGCAGGCGUUGGAUGUGUCUGAGAAAGCCAUCGAGAAGGCAAAGAAAGCCCUGGAGGAUGCAGUCAACAACCUCAACCGCACUAGGAACGCUACUGUUGUGGUGGAUGAGAGGCUGCAGCAGCUGGAGGAGAAGCAGAUGGAGGUCAUGAUGCGCCUGGCCAACCUCUCCAUGGGAGUGGACGCCCUCAGGAACAAGACGGAGCAGAACAGGGAGAUGGCAAAGGACGCCAAGGCGCUGGCGAACAACGCCACACACCUAGCAUCCUCGCUACAGCAUCGUAUGAACGAGACAGAGGAGCGAUAUCGUGAGCUGCAGAAGAAGGUGGAGUCUCUUGGCGGGGAGUCAGGAGGCCUGGACAGUGUCAACGAAAGGGCCAAGAAUAUGAAGAAGGAGGCAGAAGACCUCCUCAACAAGGCCAACAAGGGGAUAGAACAACUCAAGAAGCUGGAGAAAAAGUUCAGGAAUAACGAGCAGCGGAUGCAGAAGCAGCGUGACGAGCUGGCGGAGCUGGAGAGAAACGUCACGGUGGUGCGAGAGGAGAUUCGGGAUCAAGUGCACAAGUACAGCAACUGCUAGUGAGGCUGCCGCCGUUCCCUGUUUACUGUUUGCUGCUGUCGUCCUUCAGCCCCGGCGGAGUUACUGCUGAUGCUGGGACCGGGUUAGGAGAACUCCCAUGAGAAAAAAAAAAAAGCACUGGUACCUCCAUCUAUUCACUACUAUCUGAAGUUUUACACCUUACCUGAUAAAUGUUUUACCGCAAAAUGCCUUUCUAUGUCCAUGUACUGUACUACUUUUUGACGCAAGGAUAUCAACACUCUAUGGUGUUUGUCUUUAAGCUAUGAAAACAGGUUGGGGACCAAUGGAGUAUAUAUUUUUUUGUAUAUGUCCAUUAUAAUUGAUUUCAUAAAUAAUAAGAGAAGAGAUAUAGCCUAUAUUAGAGUAUGCUAUUAUAAAUUGUUUAUUUUGACCAAAACUGCUGUAUUUUUUUUUUUUUUUCUGUAAUUUGACCACAGUACUUAAAUACUAUUUCCAAGAUGGCAUUCCUGCUGAGAAAGUAAUAUGUGACACAGACUUGGAAAUUAUUGCUGUUUAUUUUUGUUAUAAAAUAUAGUCACAAUUACAUAAAAAAUGAAUGCAUAUAGAAAUAUUGUUAAAAGUGAAUCCCAUGCUGAAGUAUGAUUGAGCAGAUUUGAAAGACCAAUAAAUAUGAUACAUUUUGUGUAAUAU